AUGAGCACCUGGAUGAACGACGCCGUCCCCAACCACAAUGGCAACGGCUUUCCACACAUGAACGACUCUAACGCUGCCGGUAACAUGAUGGAUCCUUCCGCUUUCAUGGCCAAUCCGGGCCAAUUCAAUCCUGCUCAGUUUAAUCAGCAAAUGGGCGGCGCUAUGGCUAAUGGCCCUGGCUCCAUGCGCAAUGCUUCACCUUCUUUUCAGAAUCCUGUAUAUCAGACCAAUUCCGUUAUUCCAUCGAAGCGGCCUCGCCCUCGUGAGGAUAGUCUCGCCGGCUCUCCUAGCCAAAAUCCCGGGAUGCUCCCAACGUCGCGCUCUGAGACGCCGCAGCAACAACCAUUUGCUGGAGGCUUUCAACCCGGCGCGGUUCAGCAAAACCCUGGCCAGUUUUCUCAUCUUCAACCUAAUGGUUCCGCCAAUGCCAGCCCCUCCCCGAUAAUGAGCAACCAAAUGCGACCAGGAAGUGUUCCUCAACGGGUCGCGACCGCGUCACCACACCCAUUCUCUCCCAGUGGCCAGCAAUUCAACCCUCAGACAUCACCGAUACCGUCCGAACAUGGCACUCCUCAGCCGAACCCCUAUAUGCAAAAUAUGGCUCAAGGUUUCAACCCAAACUUUGCUUCAUCACCUGCGAACGCGCGACCUUCACCGAAUCCGAAUGCGAUGUCCGGCAACCAAAUGAUGGCACAGCAGAUGGGUCAAAUGCCGCAACACAUGGGCCAGAUGCAAGGCAAUAUGUUUCCCCCUCAAAUGCAACAGGGUCAGCAACAACAAGGCACACCACAACAGCAAGGCCAGCAGCAACAAGGGCAACAAACCCCUCAACGCCCGGGCAUGAUGGACGCGCAGAAGAUGGCCGCCUACCAGAUGAGAUUGCAACAACAACUGCAAGGCAAUACUCAAAUUCAAGCACAGAUGCAGGCGCAAAACAUGGGCCGCGGUAUGAUGCCUAAUAAGCCGGUACCUGGAAUGCCUAAUGGCCAAAUGCAACAAGGAGGCAUGAGGCCUCAGCAGAGGAUGAUGGCUAACGUGAAUCCUGAACAAUUUAUGAAGAAUCUUACGACCCUAAUGAAUUCAAAAGGCUUGCAAUUGGAUCCUAAUCCCAUGGUGAUGGACCGACCGGUUAAUCUCAUGGUGCUGUUUCAAGCGGUUCAGAAUAAGGGAGGAUACAAGCAGGCAACUACGACCCCUAACGGCUGGCCCCAUGUUGCUCAGAUGCUUGGCCUGCCACCCCAGAAUCCUAUCGUUCCGCAGACGUUGAAGACGAUCUAUGAACGCAACCUUUAUAAGUUUGAGGAAGUGUGGAUCGCUCAACAGCAGAAGCAAAGGAUGAUGCAACAGCAACAGCAACAGCAACAGCAACAGCAACAGCAAUCACAGCAACAGUCCCAACAGCAACCACAACAGCCACAAACUCCAGGCACCCUCAUGGGACAAGCUACUCCACAGAAGCAGAUGCAACCGGGACAACAAAUGACCCCUGGAACCAUGGGUCAAUCUGGACCGCCAGCUCAAAUGCAACAAACUCCCAUGAAGCAAAUGCAACCAGGACAGCCUCCAGUGAACGGAUUUUCCACACCCCAGCCUCAGAUGCAGCCACAGCCUCCAGUAAUACCAGGCCAAAAUCGCACACUAUCACAAACGAUUGACACUUCUGCUGUGCCAGAGUUCCCGGGCGCUCCCUCUCCAGCAACCCGCAGGGCUGGAAGCAUGUCGCACAAUGAAGGGCGUCAGGCCUCGGCGGCACCUGUGGCUGUGGAGAAAAUGCCUCGGCUUGCACCUCAAACUGACGAGUACAGCCCUUGCGCCCGGGAGCUUUCAACGUUUGGCGGUGUUGACUUGAAUGCGUUCAGCAAACUAGGUGCGGAACUCGAACGCUGGAAACCCGAUGUACCUCCUCUUCAGGAACUGGGGAACAUCGAUAUCGGUGCUCUUACUAAGAGUUUGCAAAGCGGGAUUCAUGGCGAGACGCGCCUAGCCCUCGAUGUGUUGGCAGCUGCAUCGUGCUCCAUGAACCAAUUGCAUUUUAUUCAGCUUCGGUACUGUGACGAGCUAAUAGAGGCUCUCAUCGAAUGUGCCGAGGAUCAAGUGGAGAUGCUGGCUGAGCAUACAGCCGAAGUCUCCGAUGAGAUUCAAAUAUCACCAUACGAAGACGUCUUGAGGGCCUGCCGUCUUGAGCGGUUUAAUAUCCGGGAUUUGCCUGUGUUUGGCACCCAAGAGUACGAGCUCGACCGGGCUGUUGACCGUCUAAUAUGCGUCACAACUAUUCUUCGAAACCUGUCGUUCCCUGGCGAACAGAACGAUAAUCAUUCUGUACUUGCCGACGAGAUUGUUAUCAAAUUUGUCUGUGCUGUCAUAAGAUACCUCGGUACCCGAACUAUGCUUCUUCGAUCACACAACAAUACUCUCGAUUUCAUGAAAGAUAUUGUAAUUUUACUCUCCAAUAUUGCAGGGUCUGUAGAGAUACCUGGUCGCGAACAGGCUCUCUGCCUCUUGCAGUUUCUCCUGGCAUUUGCCCCCGCUCCCAAUCCUACAGUCUCAGACGGAACAUUAUUCUUUACGCAAUACGAACCAAGCUUGCACGCCUACCUGCCACAUGCUGUCGAUGCACUUGCGAAAUUACUAGCUCGUGAUGAACCCAAUCGGAGUCAUUACAAAGCUGUCUUCGUACUCGACUCGAGCAGCAACCCUCCUUAUGAGUUGCUUACUCGUGCCUUCGGUUUGGCCAUAGCACCCAUACCGGACAAGGCCAAGACACAGACGAGACAACCUAACCUCCCAUCCCUCGUGGAAGUUCGAAAGCCUUUCUUGAUGCAAGGGCUUCUUUCUGCUGAAAUCUUGGCUUCACUUGCUCCGGGUCACGACAGCGGAGUUGCCCAAUCUUGGCUAUCAUCUGGCAAUGAUUUCGCCCAGAAUCUAUUCAGGCUUAUCCGAGAGCUCAGUCAACUGUACGAGCAACCCCAAGUUCAAGGUCCCCGAACAGCACCCCGAAAAGACCCUGAGCUGGUGUAUAUCGUUGUUGUUGCCGUUGCUCUAUUAAGACGACUUGCUGAGAAGGCCAGAGAUCCCAACGAUCCAACGUCAUCCAUACCCGCCAAAGCUAUGCCGGCACCUCAUGCUUUGCUUGAAGCGUUGUCAAUGCAAUCUGCUGAAUGGUCAAAGGAUGAAGUACUGCAGAAGCUUUCAACAUUUUUUGCUCUAGGGAGGUGA